CCCGUGCUCCUGCAGCCGCUUCCGCCCUCGACCGUGCUGAAGAAGGAGGGGGCGGCGCAGAGCGAGCUCGAGCUCGACCGGCAAGCGGCGCAGCGGCGGCGCGAGCGCGAGCUCGCCGAGGCGCUGCAGGACGCGCAGUACUCGGUGGAGCGCAUAGCUGCGCGCGAAGAGAUGGGGACGUGGGCGAAGAAAGCCGCGGCGGCCGCCGACGUGCAGGAGGGCCGGAAGACGGCGCCGUUCGUCCGCCCGCCAGAGGCGUACGAGCUUUACCAAGCCAUCGACAAGAAGGACCUCGACUUCAUCGCGCGCGUGCGCGACCACGCAUUCAACAUGCUCCUGCAGAAGAAUGCGAGCGAGUUCCCCGUCGUAUACGCGGCCCGUAUAGGGCCGAGCCACCGCGACGUCCUCAUCCUCAUAGUGGGCGCGUUCAGCCGCUUCGUGAACCAACUCGACGAGGAGGACUUCCAGAAGAAAGAAGUGCAGAACACGCUCAAAAUGCUGCGCGCGAAUCUCAAGCUCGCGAUCGACAACGCCCUCCUGCCCCAGAACCAGCCGCAUCUUCUCUCAUCCUAUCUCCAAGUCUUGAUAAUGAGCGAGGGCGACUCGUGGAUCCACAAGACGGCGCACGACCUCGGCCUCCUCAUGCGCGACCCGGACGGCCGGCCCGUCGCCGAAGCCGAGGCGCUCGUGCGCCGCUUCGCGACGCGCGAGCUUCGCUCCGUGCCCGGCGGUGUCGCCGACGUCGAAGAGUACGUGUGGAACGCGACGCUCGACCUUGUGAUCAUGGCCGCGUGGGGCGUCGCUGCGAAACAGAUUGACGCCGAAGACCUCCCGACGUACACGUUUGCGCGGGAUCUCCGGACGCUCAACGAGCUCGCGCAGGCGAUGGAGGCCAACGCGGGUGAGAUGGCACGCGUGAAUCGUCGCGUGCGGUUCAUCCUCGACACGGUCAUGCGCAUCGCGCCAAACACGCUGCUAGGCAUGCGGGCGCGAGUGGGCGAGAUCCGCACCGCGGUCGACCGCGGGUGA